CCUCACUCAUCCCGCUCUGCCGUUCGGAUCCGGUCCCGGUGUCGCUGUGGAGCCUCGCGGAACUCCCGGGUGUCCCCAUGUUCCAGCACCUCUUCUGAUCAUCAGAAUGCCUCCUCGGUCGCGAAGCGUCCUCCCGUCCUGAUCCCGGCCGGAACCGGGUCGCUGCUGCCGGCGCAGAGGCACCGAUCCGCCUCCACCCUCCAAUAAUUCUGCUUACUAUUUUUUUUUUAACGGAGUCGUCCGGCGGAGGAGUUGAUGGUCUAACGCGGAAGCAGACACUGGGAUUGACGGGAGAGUCCUGCCGCUGAGACUCCGGCAGCCUUUCAGGGGUUUGGCUAUGGGGGCAACCAAGAGUAAGCCCAAGGAUGUCGGCCAGCGAACCCGCAGCCUCGAUGGUAACCCCAGCUCUGGGGGAGGGGCUGGCAGCCAUCACCUCAAUUCUGGUCAGCAGUCCCUGACUCCAAACCGAAACCCCACAGCCGACACAGGUCUGAACAAUCAGUCGGCGGCCUCUAACGCAGAGAUGACCCUCUUUGGAGGUGUGGACAACAACAUUGUUUCGUCUUCCACUAGAAUCACUCUAGCAGGUGGCGUGACGACGUUUGUGGCUCUGUACGACUAUGAGUCUCGAACAGCUUCAGAUUUGUCUUUCAGGAAGGGAGAACGCCUCCAGAUAGUGAACAAUACGAGGAAGGUGAACUGCAGAGAAGGGGAUUGGUGGCUGGCCCGGUCCCUGGCCACUGGAGAGAGCGGCUACAUCCCCAGCAAUUAUGUGGCUCCAUCCGAGUCCAUCCAGGCAGAAGAUGAUCUCAAACUGACUCUAGACUCCAGAUGGUAUUUUGGCAAAAUCACCCGCCGCGAUUCAGAGAGGCUGCUGCUCAGUUUGGAGAACAGGAGAGGCACGUUCCUGGUUAGAGAGAGCGAGACCACCAAAGGUGCCUACUGUCUGUCCGUCCUGGACUACGACAACACCAAAGGGCUGAACGUGAAGCACUACAAGAUCAGGAAGCUGGACAGCGGAGGCUUCUACAUCACCUCGCGCACACAGUUCAGCGGCCUGCAGCCCCUCGUCAACCACUACCGCAAGCAUGCCGACGGACUGUGUCACAGUCUGACGGACAUUUGCCCAGUACUGAAGCCCCAGACUCAGGGUUUGGCCAAGGACGCUUGGGAGAUCCCCAGAGAGUCCCUGCGUCUGGACGUCAAGCUCGGGCAAGGCUGCUUUGGGGAGGUCUGGAUGGGAACGUGGAACGGUACUACGCGGGUGGCAAUCAAGACCCUGAAGCCAGGUACCAUGUCCCCCGAGGCCUUCCUGCAGGAAGCCCAGGUCAUGAAGAAACUCAGGCACGAAAAGCUGGUCCAGCUCUACGCCGUGGUGUCGGAAGAGCCCAUCUACAUCGUCACAGAGUACAUGAGCCAGGGCAGCCUGCUGGAUUUCCUGAAAGGGGACAUGGGUAAGAUGCUCCGCCUCCCUCAGCUGGUGGACAUGGCCUCCCAGAUCGCCUCAGGGAUGGCCUACGUGGAGAGGAUGAACUACGUGCACAGAGACCUUCGGGCCGCCAACAUCCUGGUGGGAGACAACCUGGUUUGCAAAGUGGCAGACUUCGGUCUGGCUCGCCUUAUUGAGGACAAUGAAUACACCGCCAGACAAGGAGCAAAGUUUCCCAUCAAGUGGACGGCCCCCGAGGCGGCGCUCUACGGCCGCUUCACCAUCAAAUCCGACGUCUGGUCGUUCGGGAUCCUGCUGACCGAGCUGGCCACCAAAGGCAGAGUUCCCUAUCCAGGGAUGGUGAACCGGGAGGUGUUGGACCAGGUGGACCGCGGCUACCGGAUGCCAUGCCCGGCGGAUUGUCCCGAGUCGCUACAUGAGCUGAUGCUGACCUGCUGGAGGAAAGAGGCGGAGGAGAGACCCACCUUUGAGUACCUGCAGAGCUUUCUGGAGGACUACUUCACCUCGACGGAGCCACAGUACCAGCCGGGAGAAAACCUGUAACCGGACCGCUGCAGAACUCCAAAUCCCAAUUCCGUGUUGCUGUUUUCUGUUCUAACGAGCAAACAGGUCGUUUGUCAUACCUGGUUUUUAAAGUCUCCCGACAAAAAAAAAAAAAAAAUCCCACAGAUUGCUGAAAUGUCUUAGAACGUGAUGGUACGACUCAUGGAACUGGUGGAGAAACAUGGCAAGUCUUGACCUGCUGAGAAUAAACCACACUGUCUUUGGAUCCUCGCUGAAGCCGUUUAAUUCCAUUUCCAAAUGUCAGAUGUGACGUGGAUAAUCACUUACUCUGUCGUCUUUCUGCUGUCAUUGUGCUGGGAUCGAGGCUGCAUGAUAGGAUGCUCCUCCGUCCUGGAUACACAGUCAUCCGAUGGAUGCUUCCGGGGGCAACAGUACUUUUAUGGGAAACUUUUCUGUUUUUAUUAUGACUCACAGACAACUUUGCAACACUUUUCCACCAGAGUGAAUCUCAUAAUUCCCAAUCUAGAGUCGGUAAAGUUUCACUGAUCAGUCGCACAUAGUUUUGGUUUUGGCCGACAUUCAUCUAUCGCAAAGAGGAGACAGAGGCUGUUUUUUUUUAAUCACUUCAGGUAAAAAAAACAACAACUAUUUUUUGAGCGGGAAAAUGCCUCUGUUUUUGGGCCAAUCAUGUUUUCUAUUCAUCUGCACUAAAGUUUAUUUUAUUAACUUUCUAAUAUGAUGUUUUAUUCCUGCAAGGAUCAGCCACUGUUUGGAGUUGCUGCAGCAACCUGUGUGGGUUUGAGGAGUUUUUAAAGCAUUUAAACUAAAAAAAAAGUCCAUGUCUGCUUCCAGCACUGACAUUCAUUGAGAUAAUCCCCCUCCCUUUUUUUUAAGUCUGCAUUAUCUUUUUUUUCAAGUGGUGCACCUUUUGACUUUACACUGGAGUUACUGUUUUUGUGUGCACAUCAGGUUGUGCCUACUUUUGACCAGCAGAGGGCAGACAACAAAGCAUUUCUGCACACUUUAAGCUUGUGUAGAAAAAAAAAACAUUCUGAAAUUUACAUGUAAAUAUCCCCAAUAAUACUAAUAGUUUGUACAUACAGUCUUUCUAAUUUAUUUCUUUUAACCCUUUUAUUUUUUUAAGUUUGGUUUCCAGCUCCACGGUUCUUUUUUGUGGUCAUUUGACGGGUUCAAUAACAGCUGAUUCCGAGGCAAACAUAAAUUAUGAAAAGUACUCUUUGUUACAUGUUUCUUUCUUUGUGUGGAUUAUAUUUUGUGAAUGACUGAUGGAACUGGGGAGGGGAUGCGGCACCAAGUUUUCCCACAUUUGUAGUGAGACCUGCAUCCAACACCACAAUAGUUUAAUCCUUUUAUUUUCUAAACGAUAUAAUCCACUUCACGGUGUGGAUUAGAGGCUGGAAAUCAAAGAGUAUGCCAUCGUCUGGAGCAUUUUUUGGAGCCUCCUUAGCCUGGAUUUCAUUAUGCACUGCUGAUUUCAAUCAAACAGCAGCAUUUGCAGCCCAUAGGAGGAGAUUGGUUACUAUGUUCGCUGUGGACUGUACCACCAUGGCGGGUGAGCGACACAGAAAAGGUCACAUCAUCUGUAUGCAGCCUUGCUUUUUAACCUGAAAGGACAUUUCCUGUGAUUUUUCUGCACGUCUGGCUAUGCAGAUAUUUUUAAAACCUGUGAUAUUCCUAUAAAAAUAUACACUUUUCUAUCAUAUUCAAUGAGUAUUUUCUCAUCAAUGACUCUUUGUUAAACUCCUCUGAAUACUGUCAAGGUUUGAAUAGCGGCAUUAAAAUUUGUAUAUUGAAAAGCUU